AUAUCCAACAUCAAGGCAAAUACAAAAGUGUAACAGUGCAAAGAAUUACCAAAAGUACAACCCAUAACACACCAUAAAAGAGCAAGUGAAAAAUUUUUUGAGGUUUAAAGGGGCAUAGAAAACGUAAAACCUGACCCUGUAAUUAGUUACCCAGUGGGGUAAGAUGAAAACCUGAAAAUCACAUCCACCAACAAAUGUAUUAUUAACAAAAAAAAAAAGAAAAAUAAAACAGCGAAUGGAAAAGCAGGACGAGAUUCGCUUACGCAAAUAACCAAAGUGCAAAGUGAAGUGAAAACGGCAAAUAACAAGGUGCGGCGGAAAGGACCCACAAUAUUUCACAGCAGCAAGGAGGCAGAAGAAAUGGUAAAUGUAUAUUUCAUCGAUUCAAUCAAUACUACGCCGACGAAAUUGUCCACAGAAGUUAGUAAGGAGGUUUUUCAACGUUUGGUUUAGCAAAAUUUGAGCUGCGUGUUAUAAAUAAUAUUAUCCUUGUCGGGGUAGUGAAUGUGGCUUGAGUCGUUUUCAACGUUGUCGCCGUCAACGUGUGGUGCCUGCUAAGCGUGCAGUUAACACAUAACUGUCAACAUAAUGAUGAGAUAAAUUUUCGAGUUUCUAGACCGCAAGGGGAAAUAGUAAAACUUUGUUGCUCCCAUAAGGAAUACAACAUCUACAUUUGGUAUAUCCGACAACUUUAGUAGUAAAUAACUCCUAAGGAAUUGCUAAAAGGUAUCAUUCUUAUCACCAUCACCGUCAUAAUCAUCAGUAGCGUCAUUCUCAUACACAUACGUAGAGUAACUUUGAGUAGCUUUGGAAAAUGAAAGCAAAUGUCUGAGAAGAAAAAUUGACAACGAAAUAGUUGCGAAACUGUAGACAAAAUGUCCACCACUACUUCAACCAAUACAACCUCCACGACGAAGACGACUACUUCUUCGUCGUCGUCAUCGCCUUCGUCACUAUUGGCCACAGGUAAAAUGUCAACAUCCACGCCUCAAAAGCAAUAUCCUGAUGCUGCUGCUGCUGCUACAGCUGCCUUGGGCGAUAUAAGCGGUCUUGCUGACACUGAGACUUCGAAUGUGUUUAACGAUGAUACCACCACCUCCAUAAGUCCCAAUCAGAGUGGCAAAUUACAUGGUAGUGGUGGAAGUUUUGGCAAAUCGAACUCUACUUCAAAUAGCCCGGUGGCCAAGCGUCACAUUAGCUCGGGUUCGAUUACCCGUACAAGGCCACAAUCCAGCUAUUCGGCUCGAGUUUUAAUCUUUGAAGAUUCCGAUCAAGAGGGAGGUAGUAAUAACAGCGGUGGUGGCCAUAGUACUGCUCAAAGUAUUGUCAAUAAUACUCACGAUGGCACUACCAAGUCUUCAACGGGCUUGGAAAUGUAUGGUUCAUCGCCCAAAAAUGAUUCGUCAAUAUCUUCAUCGCAAUCUCUGUUGCGUAAUUUGAAUUUGACUAAAUCCUCUUCGGGUGGCUUAUCGGGAAGUUCGAUUUCAUUGCCGGCCAGGGGCUAUGGAGCUUUAUUGCGCAAAAUAUCCUAUCAGCAGCAUACGUAUUCCAUGAGAUCGGCGAGUAAUGAUUCCUCGAAUUUGGUGCGCAUGCGCAAUACCUCCUUGGGUAAAUCAGCUCCCUGUCUUACAGGCAGCUCUUUUCGGGAGCGUGAUAGCAGCCUAUGCAUGGCUCAGACCAGUAUACAUGCCAUUACCCAAUCACCCUCAUCAUCGUCAUGUAAUAAUGCUCAUGCCGCAUCCUCCAGCUCCAAUGCUACAGCAAAUAUGGCAUCCACUUCAGGUGCUGCCUUAAAUAUUUCACGCUCUGGCAGUUGUGCCGGCUUGGGUAUUGGCAAGCAUCAUUUGCAUGGCGUGGUAAUGCGUGGCAGCGGCGCCAGUUCAAGUGGCGUGGCGCAUCAUCGUUUGAGUUUGGUCACCGGUGGCAUAGGGGCGGCUGCUGCUGCAGCGGCAGCCGCUGCCAAUUCUAGAUCUCAUUCGCCAUACUCGGCAAGUCCAGUGGAUAGUCCACGCAUUAAUUCGCCCAUGCAAUUUGCUUUUGCACCCAUCAAACGCAUAGCAACGUGUCGUGGCGAUGGUAGAAGAUGGUCAGUGGCAUCAUUGCCGUCAUCGGGUUAUGGUACCACACCGGGAAGCUCGAAUUUAUCGAGCCAGUGUUCCAGCCAGGAGGCUUUACACCAAUUACCCAAUGUUGCCGGCCAUGAAGAGCUACAUUAUGGGGAAGUGGCAGCGGCUAACAAUAAUGCCAUAGUAAAUUGUUGUGCCGAACAUAUGCAUCAACAUCAGCAAUCCUUAGUGGCAGCGGCGGCUGCCUCUAAUCGUCCUCAUUGCUUAAAACAUUGUGCUUUAAUCAAUAACAACGCAACAACGAAUAAAAAUACCGUCCCGGGACAAGCAAGUCCUAAACAAUUUCAAAAACAUCAUGUGCCAACACCAACACCACCCUCUUCCUCCUCCACCUCCUCGUUUUCAUCCACAUAUGGUGGUCAUACAGCAGUAGCGUCAGCGGCAACGGCAGUGGGGUCUUCGCCCUUUAAAGCCUGUCCCAAUUGUUGUGCCGAUGUAAGCAUGGUUUGUAGUGGCAACGGCUUGAAUAAUCCCAAUAAUGGUCAGAGGACACCAGUCGGUGGUUCCAACAACAACAGCGGCGGCAACCAAAGUAGUGGCGGGGGCAGUGGGGGCAGAAUGUCUCCGUUUCAUAGACCGCGUUCUAGAUCGCUGUCUAGUCCCUCACGCUCUCCGGCCAUAGAUAAUGAAAUCGCUGUCAUGAAUACCAUGUACAAGGAACGCUUUCCCAAGGCAACCCAACAAAUGGAAGAGAGGCUUAAGCAUUUCAUCAAUGAAAAUAAAUCGGCGGUUUGUAACAGUUUCCGUGACUCACAGCCAAUUGUGCGCUUUGUUCAUCAUCAGGUAUUGGAAAUGGCCAGAGAUUGUCUAAAUAAAUCGGAAGCCAAGCUUAUAACCUCGCGUUAUUUCUAUGAAAUGAGCGAGAAUUUGGAACGCUUGCUAAUGGAGACGAAAGAGAAAAGUCCAGAGGCGGCCGUGGAACUUGCAGGCGUAAUAAAAAAACUUUUGUUGAUUAUAUCCAGGCCGGCACGAUUAUUGGAAUGUUUGGAAUUCGAUCCCGAAGAGUUCUAUCAUCUUUUGGAAGCCGCAGAGGGCCAGGCCAAGGCCAUACAAGGCAUUAAGGCCGAUAUACCGCAGUACAUUAUACACAAAUUGGGUCUGAAUCGGGAUCCCAUAGCUGAAAUGCAACAGGAGGCUAAGGAAACCAGAGAAGCUUGCGAUAAUAAAGGUUCUGCCAACUCUAGUAUUUUGAAUGACUCUGGAACUCCUUGUUCUUUGCUAUUGAGUUCUCCUCUAACCUGUGUUUCGGCCACAUUGAAUCCCAAUGCUGAGCUAAAUCUGCUGGCCAAUAGUGGCUCGAAUACUCCCCACCCCUCUAUGCCCUUGCAGCCUCCUCAAACUCCGGUGGCUACAACAGCGGAAAUGCCAUCUUUUACAGCAACGCUGAACAAGCAGACCAACCUCAAUUUAACACCCCAAGAAAAGGCGGCCUUCAAGCCACCACCCUUUGCUGCCCCCACACAACAGCAGGAACCACAAACCCCGCAGCAGCAGCAUCACUUGCCGCCCCAACCCCCUCCCCAACCUAUACCGAGUGAGCACGACUUCGAUAUAGUUAAACUGAUCUCAAAUGGUGCUUAUGGUGCUGUCUAUCUGGUCAAACACAAAACGACCCGACAACGUUUCGCCAUGAAAAAAAUCAACAAAAAUAAUCUCAUUUUGCGCAAUCAAGUAGAGCAGGUAUUCGCCGAACGUGACAUUCUCUCCUUUGCCGAUAACCCAUUCGUUGUGAGUAUGUAUUGCUCGUUCGAAACGAAAAAGCAUUUAUGUCUAGUUAUGGAAUACGUUGAGGGUGGAGAUUGUGCCACACUCCUGAAGAACAUAGGGCCCCUGCCGGCGGACAUGGCACGAUUUUACUUUGCCGAAACUGUCUUAGCUGUGGAGUAUUUGCAUAGUUAUGGUAUAGUUCAUAGGGACUUGAAGCCGGAUAAUUUAUUGAUUACCGCCUUGGGUCACAUUAAGCUGACGGAUUUUGGGCUCUCAAAAAUGGGUCUCAUGUCCUUGGCCACAAAUUUGUAUGAAGGGUACAUCGAUUCGGAGACUAGGCAAUUUUCCGACAAGCAAGUCUAUGGUACCCCCGAAUAUAUUGCGCCCGAAGUGAUUUUGCGCCAGGGUUAUGGCAAACCUGUGGAUUGGUGGUCCAUGGGUAUCAUUUUGUAUGAAUUUCUCAUUGGUUGUGUGCCAUUUUUUGGUGAAACUGCAGAAGAACUAUUUGCCCAUACAGUGAACGAUGAUAUUGAGUGGCCCGACAAUGACGACUGGCCCGUACAGCCAGAGGCUAAAGAUAUUAUAACACAGUUGUUGCAACAGAAUCCCCGCGAUCGUUUAGGCACCCAGACCGGUGCUUUGGAGGUAAAGGAGCAUUUCUAUUUCGACGGCUUGGAUUGGAAUUCUCUGUUGAGGCAAAAGGCCGAAUUUGUACCACAGCUGUCCAAUGAUGAUGAUACCAGUUAUUUUGAUACCCGUAUGGAUCGUUAUAACCACGAUUUGGGAGGUGAAGAUACCGACGAUACUGAUGAUACCCCCGUAUUUGGUUCUUUCUCUUCAUAUACACCACAAUACCGCAAACAACAUUAUUCCUGGUCCCGCACCACUUCAGUGUCUUCGACCGGCUCCGUUGGUUCAUCGUUUGCAUCACAGCAAUGUACGGCUGUAACCACUACUACGGUGUCAACUUCUACCACCAGCACCGAAGCAAAACUCCAGGUAACUGAAAGUUCUUCAUCGCCCACCAAUACGGUAGAUUCUGUAGCCAAGUGUCGUAAGAUAUCUGCCCCAUUGGCAGCGAUCACCACCACCACCUCAGCAAUAAGCACUGCCACUACAUCGGCUCACAGUGCUUUGAACCAACAAAUGGCAAACAAAGUUCUAACAACGCCACAAUUGAGAAAAAUUGAGCUCUCCACAACUUGCCUAAAGGUUCCAUCAACUCCGGAUGCCGACUAUUUGCCUGAAUUGCUUCACAAUGUUACCAUUGGAAAUGACAACGAAUUGCGUAUGUUAAACCAAUUCUUGCGACAGCCCUCGGCUGGAAAUGGCAACAAUCAACAACACAGUAGUCUUGCAUUGCAUCCCAUUAAGCCAGAGCGUCAUCAUUAUCGUCAUAGUAUGCCGCCAAAUACUACCACCAUUAUAACAACACCGGCUACGCCGCCAGCUGCUAUGGUCAAUGCUCCCGUUGAUGUAACCCAACAGACGACAUCAACUAUAAACAACUCGAAAUCGCAAUCGAACACCACAGCUAACACUGUGGCGGCGGCUGCAGCUGCUGUUUCGAACGCCUAUAUUAACACAACCACCGCCACAACUUCGUCCACCUCAAGUACAACAAUAAAAACAGGAACGUCUUUGAUUUCAACUAUAACCACCGAUCGUAAACUUGCCGAUACUCAUAAAAUAGCUCGCAGUACACCGGAAUCCUCACAGACCGACAGUGACGAUUUCUCACCACAGAUAGCACGCAAACGGAAAGGUGUGUGCGCCCGUGAUAUAUUGCCAAGAUUCUCGAUAUCCAUUGAGGAUGAGACCAUAAGUGGGGGAUCUUCGUCGGCGGAGAAUACACGAGAGCAGUCGCCAUUGGCCUUGCAACACCAGAAGUCCAUUGAUGGUCAUAUGGGUGCUAAAAACCAUCGUUCUCGUUCGUCCAUAGUGAAGUCGGCCUCCGCCUUGGGAUUAUCAUUAAUGUCUUCAGCCAUUGACAAUGCCCAACUGGCCCAGCAGUUAUGCAACAUAACAGCGGGCAUACAAUCGCCCAGCAGUGUUACUGCCAGCGGUGGCGGUGGAGGUGGCUCGAGCACCGCCUCUUCGCGUGAUACCUCGCCUUGCCGGGAGCUUUCACCCUUGGUUACAAAUCUAAAGCCGCCCAUUAUCAUUAGACGAGGCCCUCGUGGUUUCGGCUUCACCGUACACACCAUACGGGUGUAUUAUGGAGACACUGACUUCUACACCAUGCAUCAUUUGGUGAUGGCUGUGGAUGAAGGCAGUCCUGCCUUUGAAGCUGGUCUUAGACCGGCAGAUCUCAUAACGCAUGUUAAUGGUGAAACAGUUCAAGGUUUAUUCCAUACUCAAGUCUUGCAACUUCUGCUGAGCGGUGGUGAGCAUGUUACCCUGCGCGCUACCCCCUUGGAGCACACCAGCAUACAGAGUGGUGGCCGUAAACGUGAUUUAAUGCAAAGCAAACUGGCCAAAAAGGGCGUGAAUCGUCAAAAGAAGCAAACCAAAAAGGAACAUGACAAAAAGAGGAAGACCUCGUUAUUCCGGCGUAUCAGCAACAAAAGGGCUUCGGCGGAAAUUCAACAGCUGGCAGCUGGUAUAAAUUCUCCCACUACACCUUCGGCAGUGAGCACAACGAUUGGUAGGAAUUUGUCUCCAUUGGAUUCGUCAUAUCAUAGUAGUAGUUGUUGCCAGUCUGCAGCCACAUCUUCACAAUCGACAUCACCUUCAUCUUCCUCUCCAAACACACCAACGGGUGCUGGCAAUGGCGGUAAUGGUAAUGGUAGUGGUGGCGUAGGUGCAGCAGCAGGCGGCAUCCUCAGUGUUUCCACGGCCGGCAAUAAUACUGGCAUAGGAUUUGUAAGCACUUCUAAUACGGUGUUAUUGCCCAUAGCCGGAUCUGUGUCAGGAGCAACUGCAGCUGGUGUGGGAGCCCCUGUGGUGGGCGUAAUGGGCAGUAUUCCAGUUUCACCCACGUCUGUGCCGCAGUUGUAUCAACGUCCUUCUACGCUACAUGGUUUGAAGCAUAAAUUGCAUACAGGUUGUGCUGGUAACACUACAGUAUGCCCCUCCGGUUCAGGAGUGAAAUCUUUGCACACAAACUCGACCGCUUCGAUGCCCAAUCGACGUAAAUCCGUAGGUCAUAUUCCAUUAUCACCGUUGGCUAGGACCCCCUCACCUUCCCCACUUCCCUCUUCGCCCACACGUUCCCCCUCGCCUUUGGCUUUUCCCUUGAUUGGCCAUCAACCGGGCUCAUCGAAUACCACCCAGUCCUACAGUCCUGGCGGCUCGUUGCCCGUUGUACAAACGGUCACUGCCGGUUCCAAGAAAACCGGCUUUGUACGCACAAAAUCCUCAGAACCUAGUUCACCAUUAUUACGAAGGGCACUUUCGCCCGACCGCUUACAUCCACGAAGUGCUGAAACCAAGUGCACACUCAUUUCGCCAUUAUGCUGCUCCCCACCCAUCAAACAGCCCCAACGGGUUAUUGGCGGAGUAUGGCGGCCCAACAACAAUAAUAACAAUAACCCAAGCAACAACAACACCACAACCACCACUACAACCAACUCGGCUACGUCGUCAGGGUCACAGGUGGUGGUAGCGGCGGUAGUAUCAAAUUCCACUUUGCCACCUAUAACCGCACAUCCCCAUUCGCAACAAUCCACCACCACAUCUAUGUCGACGUCAUCAUCGUCAGCUUGUAGUCGUUUAAUUGAACAGUGCGAACAGCAUAGUAUAUCAUCAUCAACAUCCAAUAAUAUUAUUGAAGAAGAUACCAUUAUGUGUGAUGUUUCACAAAAUGCUCCCUCUAAUCCAUCUACUUCUGGUUUAGUAAGCACCCCAUCUGGUAUUGUGUUGCCGGGUGAAAUGUUACCUCGCAUUGCUGAAGAGAAGGAUUCGCCCACCAGCGCCUCGGAGCCGCUAACACCUGGUUUUAUGCAAACAAUCGAUGAACAUCACGAGGGUGAUGAGGCUGCCCCCCUGGGUGGUGGAAAUAAUUUCAAAAUAAACGAGGAAAGAGACAAACAACAACAGAUGCAUUGCGCUCGCUCUGAGGUAUCGUCGUCGUCGUUGCAGAAAGCCUUAAGUAAUGAAAUUAAAAGUGGUGGUAAAGACUUGAGAGGAGUAUUCGGAGGGAGUCAAAUGAAAAACAAUGAAAGCACAACUACUCAACAAAUGAAUACUAAUACAACAACAACAAAAAGUAAUACUACUACAACUUCAAAUACUCCGGGCGAUUCUUCGAAAAGUUCGACAAAUUUGUCAACUACAAAAAAGGAAACAACAGUGUCCUCAACCUCCACCAACAAUAAUGCAACAACAGCAAGCUCUACAGUGUUGACUCAAGGAAAGUCUCUGAAAACCACAGUGAGCAGCACGAGCACUAGCACCACCAACACCACCACCAUAUCAACCACAAUUUCAAGACGAGAACAAUUUGCUGGUAGUUCCACAAGUGGAGGUGGAGGUUUUACUGGAAACCUGCUAAGUGGUAACGGCAAUGGAGGAGGCAAUGGCCCAGGUGCUAAAACCUCAACGUCAUCGACCUCCUUGAGUGGUGGCAAACAAAAGAAAUGAGAUGGUGAAUAUAAGAAAAAUAAAUGAAAUUUUACAUGUGAUUCAGGUAGUAGGACUUGAAGCACAGAACUGCUGCUGUUGUGUGGCCACAGCUCUAGGUGUUUAAACAAAAAUUAAUAUUCAAUGGAUUAUCUAUUCAUAAGGUUUUUUGAAUGAAUUUUUAAUCCAUUCAGAAAAACAGUUUUCUGCUGAUAUUAAGUGUGUCUGUCCCUCUGUUGUUUAACUUUCGCAUUGGGAAAUUUCUGGUAAUUAAAACUUUUUAAAACAAAAGCAAAACAAACAAC